ACAAGCAACUUAAAAUUCUAUGACUGACAAGUCUAUUAUAAUAUAGUAAUGCUGAAGCGCGCAAUGUGGCGUUGCCACGUCAACGUUUAUUCCUCUAACAAAAGAGCCCACAUCAGCGAUUUGAAUGACGUGUCAUAAUGUAAUUUCUGAAGGAUGGAACAGAGCUAGAGAACCACACACACAGAAUAGAAGAUCGACAGACACAAAAUAGAACUACAGAUCAACCCCGUAAAAACCUUAUUUUCAUCUUCCCCAAUCCUCUUGGUCGAGAACCUCACGGUUCGUCAGCCUGCAACUACGACGAUGGCGACACAACCACUUCUUCCUCCCGUGAUACAGGCUUCAUGAACCAACCAUGGCUGCCCCCUUUUCCUGACAACGGACGAGGAAGCGACGCAGACUCUUCUCCCUUCUCCCGCGACUAUGUCAACGGUGACAAGUUAAUUCCAACACAAUCCUUCUUCUUUCGCUUCCCCUCCCGCUGUGCAGUUUCAUCUCCGCUGAGCCCAGCACCCUGUCCCCUUCAAUUUUCGAUGGCCAAUUGCUCCAGGAGCAAUAUCAGAGUCCAACUUCGAUGGAUAUCAUGGAAACGACAAAGGCAGAACAAUGCAUUCCCCCUUUGCUUUUAGCUGCGCAGAUGCCAAGUUGUAAUCAAUCAUAUCUCUUCCAAGGUAAAAUGGUUCUACUGGAUAAAUUACUUUCCAAACUAAAAGAACGGGAUUCCAGGGCACUUAAAUUUACACAGAUGACUAGGCUGUUAGAUUUAAUUGAAGAUUAUUUAAUGUUUCAAGGAUACCAAUAUUCCUGCAUUGAUGACAAUACUGAUGGAGAACAUCGUAAAGCUUCCAUGGCUGUUUUUGUUGCCAUUAAUCUUGCUACUGCUGACAUUGUCAUUCACGUGCCAUGCACGGGUAAUUAGGUGGUUUGGGCAUGUAUGGAAUUGAGCAUCAUGUAUUCGAUAGAGUUGUUGGCCAAAUUGGAAGUAAGGGACCAAAUGCCCUGCAGACCUACACACUUCCGAGACUGGACAAGUCCAGGAUUUUUUGAGAAACCCAUGAGAACACUCCAGAAACAAAAACCAACUUAAGGAUUUAUCUGAGUUGUGACAUAUCAAGGAAUAUAGGAAUUUAGUAGUAAGUUUGUUAUUGCAGUGAUGAUUCAAAAGUUUCCUUUUUGCUGAUUUCUCUGCCUCCCUAUGACAAAUCCCACCUUCUACAUUUCCUCUGAAAAUCAUCUCUUAAUCUAACAAUGAAAAAAACUUGUAGAAGCACCAUUAAGAAGAGCUGACCAGAUGAAGGAGAUAUAUGAUAGACAAAUAGUUGAGGGGGAUAAAAAAGAAAUUAUAAGUCAAACAACUAAGAUAUUUAGAGGUACAUGAUAGGGAAUUAUUGCACCCCAUGAACCAUGUAGCCAACCUCACGUGGCUACAUUAGAAGUGUCAAAAUAUAUAUGUCGACCUGCACUAUGGCCAGGUCGGUUCUAUAUAAGAAUUAGAAUCCUUUCAAAUGGCUGUCAAUAACUUAUUUUUCCUGCUGUAUUUGUUUCAAUUCUAGCUUAUUGUAUAUCUCUUCUUCAUAUGACUAGGCUGUUAUAUAUACUUGAAGAUUAUUUAAUGUUUUAUGGAUACCAACAUUCCCGCAUAGAAGACAAUAUUGAUGGAGAACAUCGUCAUGCUUCCAUUGCUGUUUUUGUUGCCAUUAAUCUUGCUACUGCUGACAUUGACAUUCUUUAUCACAGUGACUGGUUGACCUAUAAGCUCAAGAUCAGGCUCAUAGGAUUCGCCAGAAGAAAGAAGUUGAAGUUUACAUAUUCUGCUCAGAGGUGUGUGAUUUUAUACUUAUUUUGCUCAUUAUUAGGUAUGUUUCUAAUAUUAUAAUUCUAUCUAGAAGUAUGGAUACAAGCACUGUACAUAAAUAAUAUAAUUCAAAGAUUUAAGUAUUGAAGGAAUUCAAAAAGCGUUGUGUUUGACAACUAUUUUAAAGUGAUGGUGCCUCCUAUUUCCUGCUUUCAUUUUGUGUCAAUAUCUCAUAUCAUGGUAAUUGCACAGUAUACGAUUGAGGAAAAAGUCAUUGAAAGGGCUUAAAAAAAGCAAAGUAACUUUGAAUUAAUCCUUCUGAAACCUUCCUUAUGAUUUAAGAGUAAACUAAUGCACAUGUCACACUCUUACUCAUACAUUAAUUUUGGUGUGGAGAUACACAUACAUCUAACCUCCAACUUUUUCUUUUACUCUUUAUGUUUAUUAAAAGUUCUU